GAAAGUGAAACUCAGCAGCUACAUUUUGUGUCGAGGGGAACAUAAACCUUUUCAGGAGUAAAAACACAGUGAGUAUCUAAAUCUAAAGCUAUAAUUGUUACGGGGAUGAGCUUGGUACAAGGUGGAAAACAUUACCGAGCAGGGCCCGCUAUCCAAAUGGAUAAAAGACGGAAAUAAAGAACCGGAUUAGGACUCCAGAACGGGUGAGGAGGAGGAGAGCUUACUGGCCAAGACGCGACCUCAGAUAAUAACGACAGCGGCAGCGGAGCAGCAGUGCUGUGCUCCGGGGCAUUAACCACCGCGCUACUCUCCGGGAAAACCGUGUAUAAGGGAGAACAAUCUGCUGACCAAAUCAGGCCAAAUCUAAACGCCGCGGAGACGAGGGAGAGGCAUCCGCUCCUCACGCCAUAACUAAUGGCUCAGCGAGGAAAGUCUCUCUCUGAACCAGGGUGAAUCACCCCUUAUUAGUGCUUUAAUUUCAUAAAUAAGGCACCUGACUCUAAUCCUGAACCUCAAUAAAUCUUCUCUAAAUCCUGCGCUAAAAGUAUUGGGCUGAAGAUUUGCCCAGUAUCGCGACGUUACAGUAAUAUAUAAACACAGUGAGGAUCUAAAUCUAAAGCUAUUAUAUAUAAACACAGUGAGUAUCUAAAUCUAAAGCUAUGAUAUAUAAACACAGUCAGUAUUUAAAUCUAAAGCUAUAAUAUAAACAGAGUGAGUAUCUAAAUCUAAAGCUAUAAUAUAUAAACACACUGAAGUGACACUAGAUGCAGAAGAGUUUUGUGGGUUUGUACUGAAGGUUUAAUGUACACAGGUUGUUUUAGGGCUUGAUACCGUGACUAUUUCCUGUAAGUGAACACUGUGCUGAUACAGGGUUUGAUUUAACACACCGAUGUUGGAGUGAAGUAAACGUGUGUCCUGCUGUAAUCUGGAGAAGGAGACAUGACCUCCAACAUGAGUGUGUCUGGAAAACAGGACUUAAAGAAAGACGAGAGAAUGAUGGAGGGAAAGAGAUCAGACUCACCAGAACCCAGCUGUGUGUCCAUGAAGAGUGACGUGUCAAUGGGACUUCCAUUUAACUUCAGAGACAGAGACAGUUCUACUGAUGUGAGACUGCAAAAGAAGCAAUCAAACAUCAGCAGAAAUCAGUUGGAGUCCAUAUUCAUGGAGCUGGAAUGUAAAGUCUUCACUCUGAUAAAGAAUGAGCUGAAGAGGUUUAGGAAGCUCCUGAGUCCAGAUUACUGCACUGAGAGGGAGGUGGAGGAUGAGGAGGAUCUGCACAGUGUCAGAGAGGGAGCGCUGAAGAUCACACUGCACGUCCUGAAGAACAUGAACCACAUAGAUCUCACUAACACACUGCACAACAAGUCUGUGGCCUCUGAGUAUCAGGCAAAGUUGAAAUCCAACCUGAGAGAGAAGUUUAAAAGAAUUAAUGAAGGAAUCUCACAGCAUGGAAGCUCAGCACUUCUGAAUGAGAUCUACACAGAGCUCUACAUCACAGAGGGUUGGAGUGGAGACAUUAAUAAUGAACAUGAGGUGAGACAAAUUGAGAGAGCAUCCAGGAGACCAGCAACACAGGAGACACCCAUCAAAUGUAAUGACCUCUUUAAAGAUAAGUCCAUCAGAAGUGUGCUGACUAAAGGAGUUGCUGGAAUUGGAAAAACAGUCUCUGUGCAGAAGUUCAUUCUGGACUGGGCUGAAGGAAAAGCAAAUCAGGAUGUCUUCUUCAUGUUUCCACUUCCCUUUAGAGAGCUGAAUUUGAUGAAGCAGCAAAAUCUCAGUCUGAUGAAUCUUCUUCAUCACUUUUUCCCAGAAAUGAGAAAACUAGAAUUAAUAGACUGCGACUCCUACAAAGUGGUGUUGAUCUUUGAUGGUCUGGAUGAGUGUCGACUUCCUCUAAAUUUCCAGAACAAUGAGAGAUUGUGUGAUGUGACAAAGUCAGCCUCAGUGGAUGUGCUGCUCACAAACCUCAUCAAGGGGAAUCUGCUUCCCUCUGCUCUCCUCUGGAUAACCUCUCGACCAGGAGCAGCCAAUCAGAUCCCUCCUGAGUGUGUAGACCUGGUAACAGAGGUACGAGGCUUCAGUGAUCCUCAGAAAGAGGAGUACUUCAGGAAGAGGAUCAGUGAUCAGAGCCUGGCCAAUAAAAUCAUCACACACAUGAAGUGUUCCAGAAGCCUCUACAUCAUGUGCCACGUCCCAGUCUUCUGCUGGAUUUCAGCCACUGUUCUAGAGAGAAUGUUGGGUGAAGCAGAGAGUGGAGAGAUCCCCAAGACUCUGACUCAAAUGUUCACACACUUCCUGAUCUUUCAGAUAAAACACAAGAACCAAAAGUACCAUCAGAAAUGUGACCCUGAUCCUCAGCAGACCAGAGAGAGUAUCCUGGCACUGGGAAAACUGGCUUUCCAACAGCUGGAGAAAGGAAACCUGAUCUUCUAUGAGGAAGACCUGAGAAAGUGUGGCAUUGAUGUCAGAGAAGCAUCAGUGUACUCAGGAGUGUGUACCCAAAUCUUCAGAGAGGAGUUUGGGCUUCACCUGGGGAAGAUGUUCAGCUUUGUACAUCUGAGUGUUCAGGAGUUUCUGGCUGCUUUAUACGCAUUUCUGUGCUUUAUUUAUAGAAAGACAAAUGUGCUAGUGGAGCAAAGCACUGGACCUUUCCAUUUCUUCAGAAAUCCAAACAGGUCUGAGUUCCUCAGGAGUGCAGUGGACAAGGCCUUACAGAGUGAGAAUGGACACCUGGACCUGUUCCUCCGCUUCCUUUUGGGUCUCUCACUGGAGUCCAAUCAGACUCUCUUACGAGGCUUAAUGCCACAGACAGGAAACAGCUCUCACAGCAAACAGGAAACAGUCGAGUACAUCAAGAAGAAGAUCAGGGAGAAUCCAUCUCCAGAGAAAUCCAUCAAUCUGUUCCACUGUCUGAAUGAACUGAAUGAUCAUUCUCUAGUGCAGGAAAUACAAACUUACCUGAACAGAGGAGGUUACAGGCGUCUCAGUGGAACCAGACUCUCUCCUGCUCAGUGGUCAGCUCUGGUGUUUGUGUUACUGAACUCAGAACAGGAGCUGGAUGAUUUUAAAUUGAAUAAAUAUGACCCAUCAGAGGAAUGUCUUCUGAAGCUGCUGCCAGUGGUCAAAGCUUCUAGAAAAGCUGUGCUGUAUGGGUGUAAUCUGACCGAGGAAAGCUGUAGAGUUCUGUCCUCAGUUCUCAGCUCAAACUCCUCCAGUCUGAGAGAACUGGACCUGAGUUACAAUAAACUGCAGGAUUCAGGAGGGAAGCUGCUCUCUGCUGGACUGGAGAAUCCACAUUGUACACUGGAGAUACUGAGUCUGUGUGAGUGUAAUCUGACAGAGGAAAGCUGUAGAGUUCUGUCCUCAGUUCUCAGCUCAAACUCCUCCAGUCUGAGAGAACUGAACCUGAGUAACAAUAAACUGCAGGAUUCAGGAGUGAAGCUGCUCUCUGCUGGACUGGAGAAUCCACACUGUACACUGGAGAUACUGAGGAUGCGUAAUUGCAGUAUUACAGAUGAAGGUUUUGCUGCUCUGGCUUCAGCUCUGAGGUCAAACUCCUCAUCACACCUGAGAGAACUGGAUCUGUACGGUAAUAAGCCAGGAGAAUCAGGAGUGAAGCUGCUCUCUGAUCUACUGAAGGAUCCACACUGUAAACUGGAGACACUACACAUUAAGGAUCGUAAACUCACCAGGACUGGCGUAUGACAGGAGUCUCACCUCAAACCUCUUUUCCAGGAUAAAGCAGUUUUGGUGAAGCGUUAGAACCCGUCCCACAUUUCCAGCAGUUUGGGAGCUGAAUCAUUCAUAUUCAGAUGCAGAAGGUCCAUAACAAUAACCGUGACUGAUCACAUCCUUUUAUCCACUCAGCUACAAGUUACUUCAGGCUUUAAUAACAUAAUUUACAAUCCAAAGUCAAAUCCUUCAGCGUCUACACACAACACAGAGAUAUCAUCACAUCAUCACACUCAUUACACAAAUACACAUCCAUGUGUUGUAGCUGUUUAUAGCUUAUUUUUAGCUCCACAUUUUUAUCUAUUUAUUCAGUGUGUUUAAGCUCAACAUGGAUUCAUUCAGUUUGUUGUAAUAAUUUAAUAAUUUGUCAUAUAUUAUUAUUUUAUAUAUAUUUUGUUGCAAUUUGUUGUAAUAUGACUGUCAAACAUUUGUUUCUCCACAGAUGAUUGAUUCACAGUUGCAAUAUUGAUUUAAUCCUUUUUUUAUUCAAAAAUUGUUCCUUGUUUGCCAAUGUGUUUUAAUAGUUACCAUGGUAGUUUGAAUAUUUAAGAGAUUUUGAUUUUUCAACUAAAAAAACUGUAACUGAAACUCUAACUACAUAUACUGUAUAUACAGUCAGGUCCAUAAAUAUUGGGACAGUGACACAGUUUUGGUAAUUUUGCCUCUGUACACCACCACAGUGGAUUUGAAAUGAAGCAGUCAAGAUGUGACUGAAGCAUAGACUUUCAGCUUUAAUUCAAGGGGUUUAACAAAAAUAUUGCAUUAACUGUUUAGCAAUUACAGCCAUUUUUUACAGAGUUCCUCCAUUUUCACAGGCUCAAAAGUAAUGGGACAAUUGACUGAUAAGCAGUUUCAUGGCCAGCUGUGGCCUGUUUCCUCCUUAUAUCAUGAUAAAUUAAGGAGAUAAAAGGUCUGGAGCUGAUUCCAAGUGUUGAAUUUGCAUUUGGUAGCUGUUCAUGGGAACUCUCAAUAUGCCGUCCAAAGAGGUGUUGAUGCAAGUGAAGGAGGCCAUCAUUAGGCUGAAAAACCAAAACAGACCUAUCAGAGAGAUAGCAGAAACUUUAGGAGGGCCAAAUCAACAAUUUGGUACAUUCUUAAAAAGAAGGAAUGCACUGGCGAGCUCAGCAACACCAAAAGGCCUGGGAGACCACAGAAAACAACUAAAGUGGAUGAUUGCAGAAUUCUUUUCUUAUUGAAGAAUAACCCCUUCACAACAUCUAGCCAAGUCAGGAACACUCUGGAGGAGGUAGGCCUAUCAUUGUCAAAGUCUACAAUCAAGAGCCACCUUCAUGAAUGUAAAUACAGACGGUUUACCUCAAGAUGCAAACCGCUGGUAACACUCAAGAACACAAAGGCCAGAUUAGACUUUGCUAAAAAACCUCUAAAAAAAGCCUGACCAGUUCUGAUGCAAGAUUAACUUGUACCAGAAUGAUGGGAAGAGAAAAGUAUGGAGAAGGAAAGGAAGGGCUCAUGAUCCAAAGCAUACCACAUCAUCCGUCAAACAUGUGGAGGCAGUGUUAUGGCAUGGGGUUUAUUGAUAAUGUGACUGUUGAUAGAAGUAGCAGGAUGAAUUCUGAAGUGUACAGAGCUAUACUUUCUGCUCAGAUUCAGUCAAAUGCUGCAAAACUGAUAGGACAGCGCUUCACAGUACAGAUGGAUAACAACCCAAAACAUACUGUGAAAGCAGCCCAAGAGCUUGGAAAUUAAAUGUUCUUAAAUGGCCGAGUCAGUCACCUGACCUCAACCCAACUGAGCUGCUUUUCACUUACUGAAGGCAAAUCUGAAGGCAGAAAGACCCACAAACAAGCAGCAACUGAAGAUGGCUGCAGUAAAGACCUGGCAAAUCAUCUCAAGGGAGGAAACUCAGCAUUUGGUGAUGUCCAUGGGGUCCAGACUUCAGGUAGUCAUUGACUGCAAAGGAUUUACCACCAAGUAAUAAAAAUAAUCCUAAUAUUUAUGAUUAUAUUAGUUUGUCCCAUUACUUUUGAGCCUGUGAAAAUGGAGGAACUCUGUAAAAAAAUGGCUGUAAUUCCUAAACGGUUAAUGCAAUAUUUUUGUUAAACCCCUUGAAUUAAAGCUGAAAGUCUAUGCUUCAGUCACAUCUUGACUGCUUCAUUUCAAAUCCACUGUGGUGGUGUACAGAGGCAAAAUUACCAAAACUGUGUCACUGUCCCAAUAUUUAUGGACCUGACUGUAUUUCUGUCAUUUAAUACAGUUUUGUAUAUGUGUUGUGCGUAUGUUAUUUACACUAUGUGUAGUACAAAAUAAACAGUGACUGUGACUGAAACACAA